AUAUGAUCACUUUUCACAUGACCGAUGGUCUAUCGUCAUCGCCCAUUUUCUGUCGUUUUAUGACAAUUCUGGGCUAAAUACUUACUUUUAGUCCGCAAACGUCCACUAGCUUUAGUAAUAAGCCUUCAAAAUGGCGUUUAGCUUAGUGUUCACGUUGUUAGCCCUUAGCGCGGUAAGUUACGCGACCAAUGUGCCAGUGUACCUAUGGGGCGAUCUGGCCAAGACUUCGCUAAAAGCCAGCCCCUUAUACACCGUGGAACCCGAAGAAUUCAGUGGUAUUCUGAACGAGGAGCUCUCCAGGGACCCUUUCACGGUGAUAUUCAUCGAAGAAACGUUGUCUGUUGAAGAUUUUUCACGUAAGAACGCCGAAGGUAAAACAUCGUUCCCGUUUUUGAGGGCCAACGUCCGUAACUCGGCUUAUUUGCCGUCGGUGGAGAACGCGCUGGGCGCGCUGAACAAGCUCGCCGAUCCCGAGAAAGUGAAUCACGUGAAGCUUACCGAGAACGGGUUGUCUGCUGAAAUUGAGCCAGAAAGUGGCAAAUUCUUAUUUAUCAACCUUAAGGACGCUAAAGAGGGGGAGUCACGUUUUGACCUGCUACGCCGCCACAAUGACUUCAUGGAAGAUAUGUUCAGCAAGCUCCAGGAGCGUUACGAGACAGUUGUGGCUAUAUAUACUGCUCACUUCCCAUCUUGGACGGUCAGCCACUCCCGCGUCCGUCGCCAGGCUCAGAACGAGACCCAGAGCGACAGCUCCACUUUGACGCUCGACGGGCUACUCCUGGCGUACAAAAGCGUCAGACUGAUUGAUGAUAAUGAUGAGACUGUGUUGACGGGCAUCACCGGGUCUUCUGUCAUUGAUGCUAAUGCUACGUCGCCUACGCAGAACUCCACCCUUACGUCUGGAGAGAACACCAUUGUUCUGUACUUCACGCAGGAGCCAGGAUAUUGGGUUUUGCAAAAGGCGUCCUGGUCCAACAGCACCGAGUCCAAGGAUCUAACACCAGCCCAGGACCUGACGGUGCCGCUGGGCUUCAGCUACCGCUGCGCGCAGAAUGUGUCCUUCUCGCAUGUCAAUGACUCCAAGCAUUUCACCCUGACCUUCACCGAUCUGAAGAUCCAGCCAUUCUUCAUCAACAACUCGAGCGGCCUCGAGUUCGGGGACUCGCUCAACUGCGUCGGCUUCUUCACGGCCCCCAUCUGGGCCUCCCUCUUCGUCACCUUCAUACUCCUCUUCAUCAUGUUCUUCGGCAUUAUGAUGAUGAUGGAUAUCCGCACCAUGGACCGCUUCGAUGACCCCAAGGGUAAGACCAUCACCAUUAAUGCGGCUGAGUAAAUUUCUGAGCGGGUUUGAGACAAUUAUACAUCAAAAAAAAUUUUUUUUUUACUUUUUUUGACAAUUAUACAUAAGCCCAAUGUCCUUUAUAUAGGUUUUUUUUUGCUUUUUGUCCCUUUAGGAUGUCUUGUUAAACAUUUUUGUAAUUUGUACAGUGUUUAUUAUAUUAUAUCUUAACCCCCUUAUUCAUAAACGUUUACUAAAGUUGACAAGCCGAUAAUAAUCGUUUGUCCCUUUCCGACGUAUUGGUAUGAUGGAAAGGGACAAACGAUUAUUAUCGGCUUGUCAACUUUAGUAGACGAUUAUGAAUAAGGGGGUAAUAGUUUAAGUAUUAAUUUUUGUUUAUUAAAGUUUGAAUGUAUGUCAGUUUUUUUUAAAACAGCAUUUUUUUAAAUAUUUAAUUUUAUAAUAUAAGUGUUACAUUUUCAACCGGCCUAAUGAAUAAAAUCAAUGUAAUUGUCUUAAACCCCUAGCGUAAGCGUACUAAACUAAGUAUAGAACCUCUAUAGAGCUCAAAAAGUUUCCAACUAUUUAUUAUGAAUCGUUAAAAAAUACGGCUGGAUUCAUGCGAUUUUAGCCUUUAUGACAAAAGGAAUACGAUCGAAUAUGCAUAUAACUCGCUGAAAUUAGCCUGUGUUCCUAGUAAUAUACGGAUAUAUAUGAAAAUUGGUGCCUCUAUUCACAAUACUAGUGUUUAACAUAUUUCUAAUGCUUUUAAAUUCGAUUGAAUGAAUAUAUUCAGUAUUGCUUAAAUUAUUUAAAAUAUAUAAAAUGCCUAUGUUCGGUAUAGCUUGUUAUAUCUUGUAGAAAUCCGUUUAUGUAAAUACAGGAAUGUACAGAUGCGUCACUCAGGUCAUAAGAUCUCUCAAGGUCAACCAGUAUAAGAAGUUAGGGUUGCCUACUACAAUAAACACAAGAAAUAUUUUCAUCUUUGAUUAAUAUUUAUUUAAUCAUUAUAAAAAUCGGAAAAACCUACGGGGAAGUAACUGUUUUUUCUUGUUUUUACUUCCCAUGUAUACAGUAUACAAUUAUUUACCUAUCCGACUAUUACGAGUGUAUUAAGUUGAAAGUAUACUGAUUCAUGUUCCAUUUUAAAUAAUUUUGUAAACCAGUAACUUUAUAGAAUUAAAACCGAUCAUGUGCCUACGAUCUACAUAAUUAAAGUAGUUUAUAAAAUGCAUGUUUAAAAGCAAAAAAACCCUAUUUGAUUUUCGACUCUAUUGAAUCACAUUAAGGUUCAUUCCAUUUAUUUGGGAUUUUUUUGCUUUUAAACAUGUAAAGUAGAUUGUUAUGGCUUCUUAGAUAUAUUAGAAGGUGCGAAUAGAACACUACAUACAAAGUUAAAGGACUGUUUUUAAUGUUAAGCUGAACACCGAAUAAAGUCAGUAGAACGUG